ACAUAGACUUUCCCAAAGUUCACACCUCUCACAUCUCAAAAGGCUCUGAGGUGUGAGGCCAUGGCUUUUUCCUCCAGAAUAGUCAUCCAUUGGAAAAUCAGUCUCAUCUUAUUCACCAUUACACUGAUCUUUUCACCUUCACUCUCCUCUGCAUCUUCCACUCCCAAAAAGUUCAAGAAAAUCUAUGCCUUUGGGGACUCUUACACAGACACAGGCAACACACACUCAGCCACUGGUCCAAGCUCUUUCAAUUACGUAUCAAGUCCUCCUUAUGGACGCACAUUUUUCCACCACCCAACCAAUAGAUAUUCCGAUGGUCGAUUAGUCAUCGAUUUCGUGGCGGAGUCACUGUCAUUGCCAUUUUUGCCGCCUUAUCGCAACCCAAAAGCGGAUAAAACUUAUGGUGUUAAUUUUGCUGUUGCUGGUUCAACUGCUAUAAGGCACAGAUUCUUUGUGAGAAAUAAUCUCACGUUGAAUGUUACUCCUCAAUCACUUCAAACGCAGCUCACUUGGUUUAAUAGGUUUUUGGAAAGUCAAGGUUGUAAAAACUCCACAACAACGCCAAAGCAGUGUGAGGCAGUAUUUAGUGAUGCAUUGUUUUGGGUAGGUGAAAUCGGUGCUAAUGAUUAUGCGUAUAGCUUUGGAUCUUCUGUUUCACCCAACACUAUUCAACAUCUUGCCACCACAAGUGUCACCGGUUUUUUACAGGUACUAUUGAGCAAGGGAGCAAAAUAUGUAGUUGUUCAAGGUCUUCCUCCAACAGGUUGCUUAACAUUGUCCAUGUAUUUGGCACCUGAGACUGACAGAGAUGACAUGGGAUGUGUAGGAAGUGUAGACAAGCAAAGCAAUCUCCACAACAGCAUUAUCCAAGCCAAAUUAGAUUCUUUCAGGAAACAAUUCCCACAAGCUGUAAUUAUUUAUGCAGAUUAUUGGAAUGCAUACACUACAGUAGUGAAAGGUGCCAAUAAAUAUGGAUUUAAGGAGCUGUUCAAAAGUUGCUGUGGAUCUGGUGGUGGAAACUACAAUUUUGACGUGUUUAACACUUGUGGUUCUCCUUCUGCAAGCUCUUGUCCUGAUCCUUCUCAGUAUAUUAAUUGGGAUGGUGUUCAUCUUACUGAAGCCAUGUACAAAACUAUGGCUAACUUGUUUCUUAAUGGGACAUUUUGUAAACCCUCAUUUAGUUACUUGCUAGCCAAAAAACAGUAGUUUUGAAAGGAGUCACCAGUGAAUUACUGAGCUAGAAGUUUCAUAUGGUAUAGGAAAAUGCUUUUAGGCCGUUCUUAAUUUGUAGAGAGUCUGUUAUUUGAGGAAUUUCAUAUAUAAAGUCAGAUCUCACCUACUUUUUCGCAAUAUAUAGAAGCAUUUCAUUUUUCA